ACCCCUUAGUGUGAUUAAUGGCAAUCUUUUUUAAUAAAUAGUAAAGGAAUCUUGAAAUUUAAGAUGAAAGUUUGACAUUUGUGAUAGUAAAGAUAAUAUGGCAAGAUUUUUAAUAGUAAUUAUUUGGAACUAUUUCCACUGGGAUAUGAUAUGAUAGUGAGAGUUGAGCUUUGAGAAGUCACUUCUUGCCAAUGAAAAAACUUACUUACAUUCCAUCUAGGAAUAGGAAUAGGAAUAGGAAUGUCUCUUUCUAUUCAUCUUUUUGGUGCACCAUUUUUGUUUAUUUCCUUUGUUGGCUACUGUUUUUUAACAGGAUAUCUUACUUGCAUUAUUAAGUUUGAGUGGUUGAUGAUAAUCUAAUUUUUUCUAAAUACACUUUCAAUAUCAUAAACUUAUAUGCUAUUUCUUCUUUGAUCUUCUUCUAGGUAAUUUUUUUUUUAUAAAAUUUCAAUUGAUUUCUUCAUGGAGAACAAUGGAUUCAAUAUCCCAAUUGAGAAUUUCAUCAUUCAAGAUGGAAACUUUCAGUCUUUUGAUCAAAAUCAUCAAAACUACCAAUUUGUGCCCAAAUUUCCUAUGCUUUCUAUGAUCCAAAAUGAACCGAUAAACGGUACAAGAAUCACAAAUCCGAAUGAACAUUUUGGAAGUAAUUUUGCUUCAAAUGAUCAAAUGGAUGUUCCCAUUUCUGCUUCAGCUCUAGCAUCACUUCUAGCCUCCAGAAUUGGUCAACACGGUCAACCCGAUCAACACGGUCAACAUGAAAGCUUGAAUUACCCUCCUUUUGGUCAAUCACUUGAAAUUCCUAAAAAUGUUGUUCCAAACAAUAGUUUUCCUGAUGUUUUUGGAUAUGAUCAUGGGACACUUAAUGAUAUGAGCAGGAAAUGGGAAUUCGGCAAGUUUUCGACACCAACAACCGAACGAAUCGGAUUCGAUACGAAUCCAAACGGGUGGAUAUCGGGCGAUAAUAACCCGAGUGUGAGUUCGGAUGGUAAUGAGCUAUCUUUGGGUCUUGCCACCUGUUCUGGCAUGAGCAAUCUUUCUUUACAAGCAAGUUCUUGCAACGGUAAAAAGAUCUCUUUCGGGUUAGAUUCAAACACGAAUAGACCGAUUCAGGCGUUGCAAUGUGCAUCUGGAUCAAAUGGGCAUCUUCAUAUGAUGCAAGAAAUACUUACAGAAAUUGCAAGCUAUUCACUUGGGAAUCUUGAUCAGAUGAACCAUAAGCAGAUUAGUUUUGAUGAUUUUUCAGAUGGAAAUAACAAAUUUGAUAACCGAUUUAAUCCGGUUUCGAAAUCGUAUGGUAUUGAAGAGAAAAAGAAGCAUUUGCUGGCCUUAUUAGAAAUGGUCGAUGAACGAUACAACCAAUGCUUAGAUGAGAUCCAUACUGUAAUAUCAGCAUUCCAUGCAGUAACAGAACUGGAUCCUCAAAUACAUGCUUGUUUUGCUCUUCAUACAGUUACUUUCUUUUACAAGAACUUAAGAGAGAAAAUAAGUAACCAUAUACUUUCAAUGGGAGCCGAUGUUAACACGUCGGAUCCUAAGGAAGAAGAGACGAACCUUUCGUCUUUUUUACCAAAACAAUGGGCUCUUCAACAGCUAAGAAGAAAGGAUCAUCAACUUUGGAGGCCCCAAAGAGGGCUGCCUGAAAAAUCGGUUUCUGUGCUGCGCGCAUGGAUGUUUCAGAAUUUUCUUCACCCGUAUCCUAAGGAUGCAGAGAAACAAUUGUUGGCUGUAAAAAGUGGAUUGACAAGGAGCCAGGUGUCUAAUUGGUUUAUAAAUGCGAGAGUUCGAUUAUGGAAGCCGAUGAUCGAGGAAAUGUACUUGGAGAUGAACAGAAGGAGGAUUUGUGAUGAAGGAACAGCAAGUAGCCACAGAAACCAGCAAUAUCACAUCUGAACAUCACUGCAUUUGUUCUACAAUCCUGUAUCUUCUGCUUAUUAUGGCCAAACUUAGGCAUUUUCUCAA